UCUCUCUCUCUCUGUGACAACAGACACAUGCACAGUUGCAGAGCAUGUCAACGCUUGAUCAUCAAGAUCAGAUUUGCUAUGUACAAUGUGGGUUAUGCACCAUCAUCCUAGUGGUUAGUGUCCCAAGUAGCUGCUUGUCCAUGGUCAGGGUCCCGGUCCGAUGUGGCCGAUGUAUGGGCAUCCUCUCUGUAAACAUGACCAAAGCUUCCUUUGCCCCUCUUCGGCCCUUUCCUUCUCUAAACCAAGCUGAGUUGAAAGAUCAGGAAAGUUGUCCUGAAGAGAAGGAGGCUCAGGAAGCUUUUAAGAAUCGCUGCUUGUCAAUGGUGGCCGCUUCAAACACUGAAGAUGGUGAUAUAGUAGUACCUACGAAUCCCGUCAUUAACAAACACCAGGAAAAGAGAAAACGACCUUCAACAGCGUAUAACAACUUCAUCAGAGAAGAGAUUAGGAGGCUGAAGGCUCAAUGCCCCAACAUGACUCACAAAGAGGCCUUCAGACUGGCUCCAAAAAAUUGGGCACUACAUCGACCAAAGGAGAGAGGGAAAGAGUUGCAGUGAGGGAACACUAAUUGAGAUUGCAGGUCCAUGAAGAAGGCAAAGGUUUGUCGAAAGAAAAGCCUGAAACUAGCUAGGCAAACCCACAUGGCCGGGCAAAGAAACUCUAUCUCUUACAGUAAAGAGGAGGGCCAAUUGACUAUAUUGCCUAAGAGAAAAUUCAAUUAUAUCUCAACGACUAGCUGCUUAAUUAGUUAUAUGUUGAAGGUUGUUGUGUUUUUAUUUCUCUCAGGGAAAAUUCUACGGAUCGGUUAGUUGAGUUUCAUUAAUUAAAUGGGGGCAUGAUCAGUUUGCUUAUGCUUGUCUAA